AUGGAACCAAAUGCCAAAAUAUGUGCACAUGAAGGAAAAGAUUUGGAAGAUGCGACAAUGUAUCGAAAAUUGGUAGACAGUCUAAUCUACUUAACCUUGACUCGACCUGACAUUUCUUAUGCAGUUAAUGUGAUGAGCCGGUACAUGCACAAUCCAAAGAAGCCUCAUCUGGAAGCAGUUCGACAAAUAUUGAGAUAUGUGAAGAGUACAAUUGACUAUGGUCUUUUGUACAAGAAAGGUGAAGACUGCAAGUUAGUUGGUUCCUGCGAUGCUAGCUAUGCAGGAGAUCAUGACACUAGGAGAUCAACAACUAGGUAUGUGUUUAAGCUUGGUUCUGGAACAAUUUCUUGGUGUAGCAAGAGACACGUCAGAUUAGGUGGUUCCUUGUUUAACCUGUUAUGA